GACUGACCGCGACUGUUCACUGCCACACCCCCUUGGUCUUUCUAGCUAGCUGUAAAAUGUACACUCUCAAGCUUAAAAACCGGGAGGCAUUCCCCUCUUGUAGUAGAGCUCAUAAUUAUUUACCAGCAUUGAACAGAUGGAGAGUGAAAGAUGGUUUAGGGUUUCUAAUGUGAGAGAGAUAGAGAAGAUGGAGGGUGGGAGUAAUAAUUGUAAUAGUAAGUAUUACAGUCAUGGUGUGAUGGGAUCUGGGUCUUCUUCUGGGAUGUUGAUGCCUCCUCCUCUUGUGAAUUCUUAUGCUACUGCUGCAGAUCAAACUAGUAGUUCUAGUAACCAGCAGCACUACGUUUCUCUGCCUUUUACCAACAUCAACCCAAACCAAAAUGAUAGUCAGGAAUAUGAGAUGAGUAUGAAAGCUAAGAUCAUGGGUCAUCCUCUCUUCCCUCGCCUCUUGGCCUCUUAUGUCAAUUGUCAAAAGGUUGGGGCACCUGCUGAAGUGGUGGCUAGGUUAGAGCAUGCGGCUGCGGCCUCAAUAUCUUAUGCGGCUGCAAUUUCGGAAGCAUGUGAAGAAUCAGAACCAGACCCAGAGCUGGAUCAGUUCAUGGAGGCCUAUUGUGAGAUGCUUGCUAAGUACCAUGAAGAGCUCACAAAGCCCUUCCAUGAAGCCAUGCUUGGCCUCUCUAAAAUCAACUCCCAGCUCAAAGCUCUAUCCGUUUCACCAUCAUAUUCUGCUAGUACUGGUGAUCUUGUUAGACAAAGGGGAUCUUCAGAAGAGGCUGAUGUGAAUGAGAGUGGCAUAGAUCCAAGAGCCGAAGAUUGGGAUAUUAAAGCUAAGCUUCUGCAAAAAUAUGGUGGAUGUCUUGGCAGUCUCAGCCAGGAGUUGAAGCAGAAGAAAAAAAACGGAAAGUUGCCCAAGGAAGCCCGGGUUCAAUUGCAAGAAUGGUGGAGCAGAAAUUACACAUGGCCCUAUCCAUCGGAGCCUCAAAAGUUCGGACUAGCAGCAUCUACAGGUCUGACUGUGAAGCAGAUAAACAACUGGUUCAUAAACCAAAGGAAACGCCAUUGGAAGCCGUCUUCAGAGGGUAUGCAACUUGCUAUGGUGGACGUGGAUCAUCCCCAAUUCUACUAUAUGGACCAUCUCAUCUGCAAUCCUUUACCUAUGGAUUGCACAUCUACUCCUUUGGUUUGAUUGAUCAUAUGUAUGGAACAUACCCUAGCUGGCUGAAUAUCGAAGGGCUAAUGUACUUGAACUAGCAAUGAUGUUUACAUAUAACUAAUUUCCAUUUUGAGGCACAGUGAACUUAUCAAUGUAUGGUAAAUAUG